AUGGCUGGCAAACUCACUGACAGCACUGGCAGCAUCAUAGACGGCAAACUCACGGCCCGUACUGGCAGCAGCGUCACAGCAGUGGCGGAAAUGGCCGGCAAACUCAGCAAACUCACGGACGGCAAACUCACGGACGGCAAACUCACGGACGGCAAACUCACGGACGGCAAACUCAAGGGCGGCAAACUCAAGGGCGGCACUGGCAGCAGCGUCACAGCAGUGGCGGCUCCCCAGAUGGGGGCCCUGCAUGACGUCAUCCUCACCACUGAGGAACCUGCUGAGAAGCUUCCGGCCUCUGCUGGGGCUGUGGGGGGAGUGGUGGGGGAAGCGGUUGGGGGGCGCAGCAGCAGCAGCAGCAGCAGCAGCAGCAGCAGCAGCAGCAGCAGCAGGCGGAGCAAGGAGCUGGACGGCAUUCCUCGUCCUACUCAAGGGCCGCGCGUGCACGUGCUGUGCAACGCACGGGUGGUGCAGAUGCCGAGGGAGCGAGUGGAGCACCUGGAGACAUGCCCCUGCCUGCCGGGGAUAGCCGUACCUGUCAUGAGGCCUCCCUGGGUGCGUGUGAUGGCUCACGAUGAGAACCAGCAACAGCAUGUGUACCUGAGGCCCCUCUGGGUGCGUGUGAUGGCUCACGACGAGACCCAGCAGCAGCAUGUGUACGUGGUGAGCAUGCAGCACGUUCACAAUUCACUUCACCUGCUGCUGCUGUUACACUGUAGACUUCUUAUGCAUGCACUAUAUGUAGUAGCCAGCAUUCCCCGCACUCCUGUGUCACCUUCCUCCUCACCGCUCUUAACCGCGCUGCAGUUCAAAGGGGAAGCAGCCCGAUCCCUGCUUCGAGCCAUGGACCACUGCCACGGGAGGCUGCUGCUGGACGUGCAGGCACCUCCGUCACUCAUUCACUCCCUUCACCUUCCUCAACCCCCUCUACCGCCCUCAACCGCCCUGCAGUUUAAAGGAUCAGCAGCAUGUUCAAUUCUAAGAGCCAUGGACCACUGCCACGGGAGGCUGCUGCUGGACGGUUGUGCAGUCAUCCUCUUUCAUCCUCUUGUAUCCCUCCCUCCCGGCACCCCCUUCACCUCCCCCUCGCAGUUCAAAGGUCUAGCAGCAUGGUCAAUAGUAGUAGCCAUGGAUCACUUCCGUGGCAGGCUUCUGCUGGACGUGCACUCGCUUCUUCACACGCCUCAGACCCCCUCCUAUUGCUCCCUUCUUAAAUUCGCCCUUCAACCGCACUGCAAUUCAAAGGGUCAAGCAGCCCAGGCCGUGCUCCAAGCCAUGGACCACUGUCAUGGCAGGCUGCUGCUGGACGUGCAAUCACCCCCCUCUACUCCCCUCUGUCUUUCUCACCUAUCAUCUUGCUUCUCUGCCUGCACCCACUGUGCAGUUCAAAGAAGCAGCAGCGCGCUCUGUGCUUCGAGCCGUGGACCACUGUCACGGCAGGCUACUGCUGGACGAGCACUCGCCCCCCUCACUCCCCUCCCCUCACCUUCCUUACCCCCCUUAACCGCCCUCAACCGCCCUGCAGUUCAAAGAGCUGCUCCUCCGCGCAUGGACAGCGAUCGCUGCUUUGCAGCGUACCAUGAGGCUGGACACGCGCUGGUGGGGGCGCUGAGUCCCCUCGCUCGGGUGGAAGGAGUGUAUCUGGAGGACGAGGGCCAAUCAGCAGCACCGGGAGGGCCGUAUCGGCCAAUCAAGUACGCGGGAGGAACAGACGUUGUGUGGCGAGGAGAGAUUGAGCCAAUGCCGUUGCGACAAGUGGUGGUUCACGCCAUGGCUGUGUGGCUGGCUGGCAUGGCUGCAGAGGAGCUGAUGUUUGGCCGGGUUGACUACUUCACUCGAUCCGACGGCUGGUAUUCAUUCUCAGAUGACCUCGCAAAUGCUGCUGCGCUCGCCACGGCCUUUGCUCUCAUCUGCCGCGCUCCAGACGUGUGGGGUGCUGCACCCACCGCACCACAGGGGGAAGCACCACAGGCAAGCGCACCACAAGAGGGAAGGGAAGCUGAGUUCCAGCAGCAACAACAGCAGCAGCUGCUGCUGAAUAGUGCCAUCCACACGCCGCGCAUCACAGGCUGGCGCGUGCCCUCCUCUGCUGCCUUCCCUGACCUCUUUGGUGCCGGCCCGGAGGACCUUAGAGCAUGGCCUGAGUGCCUUGAGAUGAGAGGAGUGGGGACACACGAGCAGAGGGUGCUGCAGUUGGUUCAGAAGGCAAUGACCCUCGCCUCCUGCACUCUCCGGCAGCAUGAGAGUGCUCUGCACGCCAUUGCAUGGCGACUCGUGGAUGCUGGGGAGGCGAGUGAGAGUGAGAUUGCUGCUGCUGUCGCUGGUGCUGGUGGUGCUAGUGGUGCUGGUGCCAGUGUGAGGCUAUACAUCCAGCUGCUGCAGGGUGAUUCCUCUCAGUGUGCCAUCGGGGAGUGCAGUGCUGCAGGUGCAGGUGGUGCAGGAGGCAAUGGCCCUUGCGUGCUGCACUCUCCGGCAGCAUGA